AUGGCGCCCCAACAGUUCGAACCGAGGAUCAUCAGGUUCCCCCUCAAUGACGAAGCCCUCGGGUCCCUCGAUGACUUGGUGCGACAACAACCAGACGUCCAAAGGAGUGCGCGAGAAAUGCUGAAAAAGGCAGCAGAAUACCUGACCGACAUGACGGGCGAGCUCAACGACCAAGCCCACGACCGCAGCGUCAGACACUCCAAAGACAAAGCGCGUCGCCGGACACCGCACGCGACGGAUGAUGGAGCGGACGAAAACGCAGAAGAAGACGCCGCAGCUGCAGAGGCAGACAUGAGAUACGAGGAGUUCCAAAAAGACGUCGAGACGCUGACAAAGAAGAUGGACCUGAGCAUUCGCGGAGUCAUCGACGACCUGACCUACCUCGACGAGUACUCUCCGACUCUGCAGACGGUAGUGGAGAAGGUCCAUGACACCACCGAGGACGGCCGGCGGCAUUUCCAGGAGCGAGCGGCGGCGACGGCUAGACGAAGAGAGAGAGCCACGCAGCAGAGGGCUGAUGCGGGCGACAGCGAUGACGACCAAGCUCAGAACGAAGCAGAGGAAGAGGCCAAUUGGGGACAGCAGGAGGAGGGGGACGAGUCAAGAAAUGGAAUACUAGAAAUGUUCCCGGCGAUCGACGCGGCCGACGUGCCUCACGUUCAGCUCGCCACCGCGCUGGCCAAACAGGAGCGGGCCUGGGCCUCCAAGACGCUGACGGAGAAAUACGCACGCAAUAACGUCUACAGGGCGUGGUACCGGGUGCUUUACGACGCCAAAAACCCGGGCGAGGCCGCGCCUCCCAUGCCGGACGAGAGCCUGUGGUUCGCCGGCGAAGAAGGACGGACGUUCCUCUCGUCGGCCAGCCAAAGGCGUGGCCAUCGAUCACAGCGCGACCGCUCCGCCACCGAGGGCGCCGAUGUCGACGCAGAUGCAGACGUCGAAGCAGAAACAGAUCCUGAUUCUGCGCCGGCGGCGUGGGCAGCGUCCGAGCACGGGUCCUCCGACAAUGAGCUCCAGAUCGCCGCCGAGAGCACCCGGCUGACGUGUCCGCUCACGCUACGCCUGUACGUCGACCCGGUGACGUCCAAGAACUGCAACCACAGCUACGAGCGCUCGGCCAUCCUGGAGAUGCUGCUCAUGUCGACCCGCUACGCGCCCUUCACGCCGGAGCAGGAGGCGGAGCUGGCGCGGUUGGGUGAUCGGCUACGAAGACGACGCGAGCGCGAGAUCCGCAUCAACCAGGUCACGUGCCCCGAGUGCAGCGAGCCGCUCGUGGCGACCGACCUGCUGGAGAACCCCGCGCUGAAGAGGCGCGUGGCGCGCCGCAUCGCGCAGGAGCGGCAGAACAACUUCGCCACGAGCGACAUCGAGAUCGACAGCGACGACGACGACGACGAGAGCUCUCACCGCCACAACGCCGCGGCUCGAGGCACGCAACGAGCGCCCGUGGGCCUCGGCUCGAGCAGUCCCCAGUCCAUGCCCCGGAGCGUGCGCAAGCUCUCGCGGCCGAUCAAAGUAGAGCCAGCCCGAACGCCGGUCCCGUCAGAACCUGCAGGGGGCAUAGACGAGGACGUCGACAUGAUCCCACAAACGCCGCAGACCCCGCAGACCUCGCAGCAGCAGCAGCAGCAGCAGCACCCGGCGGCGCACCAUGGUGGGACCCCUUCGGGUCGCGGAGGUCGCGGAGGUCGCGCGGGUCGCGGAUUCCACGCAGGUCUCAGCCGUCGGAGUCGCGCCGGCCGUCCAAGCCAUUUAAUCGGGACGGUGUAG